UACAUCUGAGCUCACCUCCUGGACACAGACAAAAAAAAAAAACAACACAAACAAAAAAACCUUUUGCAACAUUUAUGCAUACUCUUUAUUUUUUCCCUCACACACACACAAAAAAAAAAACUAGCUGCACAGGAAGCAAAACUUAGCCUCAGAUUCUGAAAACACCCUCCUUGAGUCUCUCUCUCUUUGUUCCUGGCAUCACUCAACUGCGUGUUGUUUGCGUCUUGCCGCCUGGGCUAUGUGUGAAUCUGGAAAGCAGUGUUUUGAAGGUGAAAGCUGUGUGGCACGCGUGGAUCAGCUGAAGAGACACAUUUGGGCGCUGAUGAUCUGGGUCUCUAUCCUUUCUUUGGGCCUGGGAGCCUCCAUCGUUCUCCACGUCAUCCUCAGCCAGCGAUCCAUCACAGAGAUCCAAUCUAAACACACCGAUGGCAAGUCCAGCACACACUCUCAACUCACUACAUACAACCUCGUCAAGAAUACAAAAGAUGAAGGACAAAUGUUGUGGCAAAAAAAAAACGAAGCCCAACAAAAUACUACGAUAAAAAUAGAGGAUGACGGGAAUUAUUUCCUCUUCCUCAAAGUAACCCUGCAGAACCGGAAGCCAGGUGUGAAUUACACGAUCACGGUUAAAAAAAUGCCAGAGGGUAGUAAGUCCACUGAAAUCCUUGUGGGACAUAUCAACGAAACGGAAAACUCGACUGGAUUUAUGGGUAUAGGAGUGCUUCUGUCUGAAAACACGCUGAUAAACGUUACCUGCAACCCUCUGCCACAACUCGACGUUCUUAACACUUACAUAGGCUUCAUCAAAUUCUGAUUCGUCGUACUUCCAGGGAGUCAUCUUACGCUUUCCUUCUCCACAGCAAAGAAUUUGUUAAACGUUUUUUUUUUUUUUUUCGAUUACGGAGACAACAAUGGAGACUAUUUUUGUCUUAAAUGACUAAAAGCUUCUUACAAUUCACUGGAUUCAACAUGGUUUGAAUGCAAAACAUCCGUAUGACUUCCUAAUAUUUAACAAAUGCACAACAUUCCCUCAGAGCUCCUCAUACAGUAUAAGGCCCAAGUUUACCAUCACGAUUUGCUUUUUCUUUUCUUUUUUCCUCUCAUCUCAUUCAUUUCAUUAAGCCCUAUUUGGACAGCCCUAGUUUUAACGUGGAUCUCAGAUAAAUCUAUCGUUUAGAGGUGCCACGGUCGAUUGUGCACGGUCUUAGAACCGUUUCCUCGUCCCGACAGAUUCCUACGAUUUUUACAAGCGGGUUUUGACUGCAGCUACGUGCUGUAGAUUUCUUUGUGUUUACAGAACAUUUUUGGAAACCAAAAAAACAAUGGAUCGGGUCUCUCAUUCGCAUUCACUUACAAUUCAGCACUACCCACUUUCGUUAGAAUACAUUUUUGUCUUUGUUAAAUGUCCCCUGGUGGUCCGGCCGCGGUCUCCCUCGCUCUCACGACUCAUGUUUGGUGUUAUCGUGUAAAUAGCCCUUGUGUUAUUGUACACACUUUAUAUGCACCGAUUUGUACUGCUAGCAACAAACAGCGCUGUUCCAUAUUAUUUUAUACAUUAAAGUGAUAGCAAAGCUAAUGUUUUUUAGGUUCACUAAAACCAUGAAAUCUAAU